UCUCGCGCGCACACGAUCUUCGUCUGAGUCCGGGUACAAGCUGGGGCGGCGGCGGCGAGUCUCCCGGUCAACUCGGUAAAAGUUGAGUUGUGUGUCGGUGUAUGGCGGAUUUCUCAGCGCGCGACAGUCAAACACGUUAGCAGGUGUUUCAGGAGUCCUGGAAAACCUGGAGCACAGUCAAAUGUCAGGUUAAUGUCCUGGAAAAUGAUUCCAGCAGCUGUCAGUGAGAUGAGCAGAGGAGCCUAAAACCAGGCCAGAACCAUGGCCUCCGGUAAGAACAAGAACCAGACCUCCCUGGCUCUCCAUAAGGUGAUCAUGGUGGGCAGCGGCGGCGUGGGAAAGUCCGCCCUCACACUGCAGUUCAUGUACGACGAGUUCGUGGAGGACUACGAGCCCACCAAGGCCGACAGCUACAGGAAGAAGGUGGUGCUGGACGGCGAGGACGUUCAGAUCGACAUCCUGGACACGGCGGGGCAGGAGGACUACGCCGCCAUCAGAGACAACUACUUCCGCAGCGGGGAGGGCUUCCUGCUCGUCUUCUCCAUCACCGAGCACGAGUCCUUCACCGCCACGUCCGAGUUCAGGGAGCAGAUCCUCAGGGUGAAGGAGGAGGAGGCCAUCCCUCUGCUGCUGGUCGGGAACAAGUCGGACCUGGAGGAGCGCCGGCAGGUCUCUGCCGACGAGGCCACGGGCAAGGCCGGAGAGUGGGGGGUGCAGUACGUGGAGACGUCGGCCAAGACGAGGGCCAACGUGGACAAGGUGUUCUUCGACCUGAUGCGGGAGGUCCGUAAGAAGAAGAUGUCGGAGAGCAAAGGCCAGAACGGGCCGAGCGGGAAGAAGAAGAAGAAGCCGUGCUGCAUCCUUUAACCUCGAGGUGACGGCCGAGGUGACAAAGUGCCAAACCCGAGCAGCAGCCAGACGGACUGAUCCGAACUGAAACACUCACUUCAUCCACACCUGGCGGCUCCGCGCUCACACCUGCACGUUGAAUUCACACCACAACAAGUAUUUCUGUCCACAUGUAUGAACACGUGUUCGAGGUCACUCCAUCACUGCGUCUGUCUGUCGUCUGGUACUUUCCUGUUUCUGCUUCCUCUUUAUGUGGCCAGAAGUAUGUGGACACUGAGCCAGCCGGCUCAGGUCAUAACCAAUAUCUGUAUUAUAAUAAUGCAUCAAAUCAACCUCCAGACAAUGAUCAGCUGCUCCUCACGGACACGAAACACAGACGCUGUCAGACUAACCGAGGAGGUGGUGGAGCCCAAACACGGAGUUAAUAAAAAGAGUGAUGCUGUGUUAACAUUAGUGUUUGGACAGAGGUGUCCACAUACUUAUGGCCAUAAACUACAUGUUCAUGUGUUCGUUCUUUGCCUUCAUCGUUCUGUUCAGAAGUUCAGCUGCAGCGCCGGAGAUGAGAAACAGAUCCGGAUCACGGAUACGUAAUCACGUAAUCGUCGUUAUAAUCAUAUAAAACUUAUAGAACAUAAUAAAUGAUCACGCUGUAAAUAUUAUAACAGUAUUGUUGUGUAAAACAAGUUUGAUUUAUUUAUAACGUGAAAAUAUCUGAUAACAUGUAAUUACGUUAACGUAACGUGUCAUUAAGAUUUUUAUGUUAUUACCUGAAACUUUAAAUGUUUAAUAACAAGAAAAGUUUCUUGUAACGUGAAAACAUCGUCAUAACAAAGUUUAAAGUUCUAACGAGUUUGUACGUUCUCAUAACUUGAUAUGUCUUACGUUCUAACGCUGGUCUGUCUCUUCGCCGGCGUGUCCGCUCUGGGCUUCCGUACUCCUGAAUGUUUUGAGUUUUCUGUGUGAUGGCAGACUCGACGUGAGCUGAAGGAUCGUCGGUCGGUCCGGACGCUCAUGUGACUUUUUGUGCCUUAAAAACUCGUUUGUGCUGGUUUUUAUUUCCGUCUGUCUCACAUUCCUGAUAUAUAUGAUGGAUAACUAUGUAACGACGACACUUCCAGACACUCCUUUUGUAUGAAAGCUUUAUUCUUCACUUCCCUGACGAACACAAAUAUAAUUUAUAAUCAAGUUUAAAGGGAACGGACUAUUUAAAUCACUGAUCAGGAGCUUUGUAUUUCUGCUCUGGAGGGACUCGUGGUGUUUGUGUGGUCGGCCGCGGACAGACUCAGCGGUUUGAUAAUUAAACAGAGUCUGACGGACGCGUGGCCUGUUUUUAAUGAGUCGCAUCCAUCAAACAUGUCGAACAGCAUGGAAACGUUCUUACAAGUCCGAGGAACCAAAGGUAACACAGAGACGUUUUACUCAACAUGCAGAAAUGUGAUGUUUGUCUGUGAUUCUCCAUGAAGAUGUACCCAACAAACAAACUUCAGAGCUCGGUUCUAUAUUUAAUAUUAAAGAAUCUGUAAUUAAAC